AUAAAGCGUUAUGCUUGUCGUGCGCAUCUGGUAGGGUAUUUUCGUUUGAGCACCAUAAGGUCUUAUUAGUUCUGUUUCUAAGGAUGCGCUAUAUUGGUGUCAUUGUUCUCUUGUUGUGCCUUGAGAUGAGUCUCUUUGUGUUCUCUUGGUGUGCCUUGAGAUUGAGUUAUCUGUGUGGUGUUCUUCCCCAGUAUUGGGGACGCAGGCUUGGGACUCUGCUGGAGUCAAGUCUGAGUUGUAGGCUUGGUAGUUGACUAUUGCCCGUGGCGUUGGGUUGGCGUUGUGAGGCCUGAUUGACUAUGGCACUGAGAUUAAGGUGUGCUAUAGCCCUUUGAAUGUAAUCUGUAAUUGCUAUUGAUAUUUAUUCAUAAUGUAUGCCUCAUAAUAUCAUAUAUAUCAUUAACUCAUUAAACCUUUGUUGUUAUAUGCAAUAUUGUUAUUCCCUAGUAUACGUUAAUAUUUGGUUUAUUCGUUCCUAGAUAUGUAUUGCAUAAAUUGAUUACUAGACUGUUAGGGGUGCCCAGGCAGACGAGCCAAGGCUAAAUUAUAACCCCGGCAUAAAGCUAAUAAACACUGCUCAGGUGGGGAGCCCGGCGGAGUACAUCAUACCCUAGAUGAGUGCGAGGACAAAACCCACCUGACAGAAAUGGGGGCUCUGGGAAACAAUAUGUAAAUGUCAACUUUGUGAUCUCUGUGUCCUUGAUUUGACCGCUAGGGCCAGUAUAAAAUGCAGAUACAUAAUGGAUAUGUUUUGUAUAUUUUAAAGUGAUCAGUAAAUACAUUUAUGAUGUUAAAGCGGUAUGCUGUUGUGCAGCACUAAAUAGAUUAGACGAGCAUUCGGUGUAUUUUGCGUAAUGGGAUUGGUUCACAAUGUGUAUCGAGAAACUUAGAGUGUGUAGUUACUCUUUGAAACUAUUGUAACCUGUUCUUUUAUUUAUUGUCACCAACGCCUGAAUCCUCUGACUCUGAGCGGCAACGUGUGAGUGGAUCGAGUGCCUGUCGACGGGAUCGACCUGAAACUGUGUGUCUUGCUGGCUGGUGUACCGGAACCGUCCUGAAGUUAGAACCGUUGGUCUGCUCCAGUGGCCUUGGUUGUCUGUGGCUUUUCUCUUCUGCGGAGCCUGGAGUGAGGCGAUUUUCUUCCGACGCGGGAUACUGAGCAGAUAAGUCCUUGGCCCUGUUUUUGUCGAUGCGCCCGUGAUUUCAGUUAGCCCGUUGUAAUUAAGAAAUAAUAUAUAUUUUUUUUCCUUUUUAUCUCUAUGAUCUAACUUUGGUUUUUGUUAGCGAUAGUUAGACUGUAAGUAUUAUUUAAUAGUCUGUGUGAUGGAGACGAGGUUGACUCUAACCGCCCAGUUCAUCAGUGACGGCCGUGCUCUCGGGUAUGAUGGUGAGAGGUUGGAGAGGUAUGUGGCAGAGCAGAAGGUUGAAUACGAGAGAGCCAAGAAGGAGGAGUUUGAACGAGAGACGGCUAGGCUUGAGCGAGAGGAGAGAUUAAAGAAAGAGGCGAAGGCGGAGGAAGAGAGGUUGAGAAGAGAGGCGAAGGCGGAUGAGGCUGCCAGACAUGAACGGGAGGAGAAGGCCAGGCGUGAGGAACACGAGAGGUGGAAGGAGAGAGAUGCUAGAGAGGAGCUCAAGAGAAAAGAUGAACUGGAGUUGGCACGGCUUAAAGAGAAGUCGGCGCCAGAGGCAGGUGCAGUGGUAGGUCAGGCAGUUGAGGUGCGACAAAAGAAUGUCUUGGACAGGCUAGACAAGAACUUCCAAGGCAUGAAGGAAGAGGACGAUCUUCUGGCGUACUUAACGCACUUCGAGGCCGUAGCAGCAAGGUGUAAGAUUGAGAGUAAAGAGUGGGCCCUACUGUUGUCCUACAAACUGACGACACCUCUCAAAAACUUUAUGUUGAGGGACAGUCUGUUCCUUAGCGACAAGUAUGAGGAUGUCAAAACGGCACUUCUCCGCCACGCAGACAUCAAUGCGGAGACAUGCCGCAAAAGGUUCCACCGGGUCAAACCACGGCAGAAUGACUUCCGUGGGUAUGUGACUGAGUUGAGGGCCGCACUGGACAACUGGUGCAAAAUGGCCGAGGUAGGUAAGACAGUAGAAGAGAUCAAAGAUCUUUUCAUUAAAAAUAGGAUACUAGAAAGCGUAUUAAAUGAGGUGUACAGGCAGCUCGUGUUAAACAAACUCAGCACAGUAGAAAAUAUGUUGGAGGUGAUUGAAUGUUUCAAGGUUGCUGGGUCUGAGGUAGCAAUAAGAAAGGAAGAAACUGUGUAUGUGGCAGCAGCAUGUUGUGAGCCUGUGAUAAAGCAGAGUCCAGUGGUUAAAAGGAAGGUAAUUGUUUGUUUUCGGUGUGGUGAGCAAGGUCAUAAAUCAGCUGAGUGCCCUAAUGAAUUUGUUGCCCAAAAUAAUGAGACUGGUGUUGAGGAUGUAAAUCCCAAUGAUAGUAUUAAUGACCAAGACCAGCGAUCUAGACAUAGAUGACUAGAGAGUCGUCGCGAUUCGGAAGGUCGCCGUAGGUAUAAGUUAAUGCCGGAUCGUUAUACAGUUACUAUUAGGAAUUUGCCAUUCAAUGUUAACUGGCAAAAGCUUAAGGAUAGGUUUAGGGACUUUGGUUUGUUUGGUUUUGUGGAGGUUUUAGAGGCAAAUGGGAAGUCCAUGGGUGUUGGACAUGUAAGGUUUAAGAACUUAGCAGACGUUGCUAAGGCCGUUAGAUAUUUGGACAGGUCGAAAUUUGGUAGUAGAAGUAUUGUGGUAGUCCCUCAUCGCGUGAGCUCGAGAGGUUGACGUGAUGAUUAAGUUAGUAAUUUGGUCGCAUCGGUAAAUUUUGCGGUCGUGGUUUGCUAGGUUAGCACACACAUGAAAGUAUUGCGUUACUAGUUGGUUGAGUCAUUGGUAGGAGAGUAAAAUGUAAAUGAUGAAGCUCAUGUAAUAGAGCAUAUACCAUCGUAAAAGUACAAUCUUAUCCUAUUUGAAUUUAGCAAUUGGAUCUGGGUUACAAAUCUAGUUGCAUUUUCUGUCGUAUAGGAUGAAGAUCAUUAAUGACAUGCUUAAUUGUACCACGGGUGGUAUAAUAGUAGCAUUUUCUUGUUCAACUGUUUUUUUAAAGAUAUCCAAGUUAAAGGAAGGUUUAAGGCUUAAAGUGGUCUAGAGGGUUGAAAAAAUUAAUACCUGUAAUUAUUAAUCGCGACGGCGGUUUUGUACAGUAGGUUCGUCAGGGUACGCGGAGUUGUUCUAUGUUACUGAUCUAUUGGGUCAGGGUCGGUCUGUUAAGGUGCACUGGAAUCAUGAGUGCGCGGAGGCUUUGAGCAGGGUGCAGGCGUAUCUGUGUAGGUACCCCAUUCUUCGUUUGCCUGAUCCUUCAUUGCCAUUUUUUCUUCAGACCGAUGCGUCGAACAAAGGAAUCUCCGGUAUACUGAGUCAGUGCGUGAAAGGUGUUCUGCAUCCCGUCAAGUAUGUGAGUCGCAAGUUGUUGCCUCGGGAGCAGAGGUAUUCCAUCAUCGAGAGAGAAGGCUUGGCUAUUGUAUUUGCCAUUAGAAAACUGGACAGAUACCUUAGGGGAACGACGUUUCAUCUUCAGACAGACCACAAGGCCUUGGCUUACCUCCGGAGCACGAACUUUACGAACCACCGUGUUACGAGGUGGGCGCUGAUGCUCCAGGACUACAAUUUCGACGUGUGUCACAUAAAAGGAGAGGACAAUAUACUUGCAGACUUGUGCUCAAGACUGGUGUGAUUCGCACAAAAAGACUAUUUUAUUAUAGCUAUUGCUUGAUAUGUAUGAAUAUGUGUGUAAUAUGUACUGCUUGUUGUUAUUAUGCAUUGUAAUGUUAUACUAGUUUUAUGAUGGAUGUUGUUGUUUGCGACAUCAUCUAUUUGAAUAAUUCUGUAAUUUUGACUUUAUGAAGGUUGUAUUCUUCGGCUUCAAUGUUGGGCAAUGUUUCCUAAUUUCUUUUGCUGUCUAUUUACUUUUUACAGUUUUUAAUUUUUUUUUGAAGACUGGACUUGUCUUCGCAAGAUCCAGUUAGAGGGAGAGGGGGGAUGUCGUGCGCAUCUGGUAGGGUAUUUUCGUUUGAGCACCAUAAGGUCUUAUUAGUUCUGUUUCUAAGGAUGCGCUAUAUUGGUGUCAUUGUUCUCUUGUUGUGCCUUGAGAUGAGUCUCUUUGUGUUCUCUUGGUGUGCCUUGAGAUUGAGUUAUCUGUGUGGUGUUCUUCCCCAGUAUUGGGGACGCAGGCUUGGGACUCUGCUGGAGUCAAGUCUGAGUUGUAGGCUUGGUAGUUGACUAUUGCCCGUGGCGUUGGGUUGGCGUUGUGAGGCCUGAUUGACUAUGGCACUGAGAUUAAGGUGUGCUAUAGCCCUUUGAAUGUAAUCUGUAAUUGCUAUUGAUAUUUAUUCAUAAUGUAUGCCUCAUAAUAUCAUAUAUAUCAUUAACUCAUUAAACCUUUGUUGUUAUA